UGGGGGGACGCGUCCUCCGCCUCCGCCUCUUCCUCAGCGGGCGGCUCUCGGGUCGCGGCGGCUGCGGCUGCUGCGGGGAGGGAGCCUGGAGCGGAGGGAUGUGGGGCUUUGGGGGAGGCAGGAUCUUCGGGAUCUUCUCCGCUCCCGUCCUGGUGGCCGUGGUCUGCUGCGCUCAGAGCGUGAACGAUCCGGGGAACAUGUCCUUCGUGAAAGAAACUGUGGAUAAAUUGUUGAAAGGCUACGACAUUCGCCUCCGGCCGGAUUUCGGAGGACCUCCUGUGUGCGUUGGGAUGAACAUAGACAUUGCCAGUAUCGACAUGGUUUCUGAAGUCAACAUGGAUUAUACCUUAACAAUGUAUUUUCAACAAUAUUGGAGAGAUAAGAGACUAGCCUAUGCUGGGAUACCUCUCAACCUUACACUUGAUAAUCGAGUGGCAGAUCAACUCUGGGUGCCCGACACUUACUUUUUAAAUGACAAGAAGUCAUUUGUGCAUGGAGUUACAGUGAAAAAUCGAAUGAUUCGCCUUCAUCCAGAUGGAACAGUGCUGUAUGGCCUCAGAAUCACAACUACUGCAGCUUGUAUGAUGGACCUGAGAAGAUACCCAUUAGAUGAACAAAACUGUACUCUGGAAAUAGAGAGCUAUGGUUAUACAACAGAUGACAUAGAGUUUUACUGGAGAGGUGGAGAUAAUGCAGUCACAGGCGUAGAGAGGAUCGAGCUUCCACAGUUCUCCAUUGUGGAAUACAGACUGGUGUCAAAGAAUGUUGUCUUCGCCACAGGUGCGUAUCCAAGACUCUCACUGAGCUUUAAGUUAAAGAGAAAUAUUGGAUACUUUAUUCUUCAGACCUACAUGCCCUCUAUACUGAUUACCAUUUUAUCAUGGGUGUCAUUCUGGAUCAAUUAUGAUGCAUCAGCAGCAAGAGUUGCCCUUGGAAUUACAACUGUGCUGACUAUGACAACAAUCAACACUCAUCUUCGGGAGACUUUGCCUAAAAUUCCCUAUGUUAAAGCCAUUGACAUGUAUCUUAUGGGCUGCUUUGUAUUUGUCUUCUUGGCCUUACUUGAAUACGCCUUUGUCAAUUACAUCUUCUUUGGAAAAGGACCUCAAAGGCAGAAGAAACUUGCAGAAAAGACAGCCAAGGCGAACACUGACCGCUCAAAAUUUGAAGGCAACCGGGUGGAUGCCCAUGGAAACAUUUUGCUAACAUCUCUUGAAAUUCACAACGAAGUGGCAAGCCAUGAGGUUACAACCAGCAUUACUGAUGCUAGGAAUUCAACAAUAUCCUUUGACAACUCAGGAAUCCAGUACAGGAAACAAAGCGCGCAUCGGGAAAGCUUUGGAAGGCGUACAAUGGACAGAACAGUGCCCCACAGCAAAAAGAGUCAUUUACGGAGGAGGUCUUCACAGCUAAAAAUAAAAAUCCCUGAUCUAACGGAUGUGAAUGCCAUAGACAGAUGGUCACGGGUGGUGUUUCCAUUCACAUUUUCUCUUUUCAACUUAAUUUAUUGGUUAUAUUAUGUUAACUGAGUGACUGUACUUUUCUAAAAGACUUCAAUAAUAAUACAUGAGAUAUUGCUCUGCCUGUCAAGUUUAUAUAUAUAUGUAUAAUAUGAAUUUUUAU